AUGAAUGAUUAAAAUAGAACAUAAUUUGAUCAAGAUCAAAGCUCUAAUGAUAAUUUACACAAUGAAGAAGAUAGUCUAUAUUAAAAAAAGUAUGCAACAUUUGUUAGAAAUUCAUUUAUUGGAAUGAAGCCACAAUAAAUUUCAUCAGAUAUGAUUGCAAAUCUCGAAGCAUAAAAUUUAAUUUAGGUUAAAUUCAAACAUCAGAGUAUUUUAUUAGAUCAUUGGAUAUUACUUUAUGAGGAUCAAAAUUUUAAGAUUAUAUAUAAAUCAAUUAAUUAAUAAUCAAUACUAUUAAUUUACAAACAAUUUUUAGUAUAAGAUUUAGAUACUCAGACUUUCCUUAUGAAUUUAAUAAUGAGUAUUAUUGACUCCUGUUCUUUUUUUUUCUUUAUAGGAGAAAUGAAUUAAUCUUAAAAGUUGAACAAAUUUGUUAGAAAAGAUACAAAGGUUUUAAAAUUUUACUAGUUAUUUCAAAAAUUAGAUUAAGAUAAUAAAAAUAAUAUCAUUCUUGAAUAUUAAAUUAAUUGUUUUAGUCCUUAAAUUUUAAUAAAAAAAUUUAUUGAUAAUGCAUUUAAUGAGAUUAAUUCAAUAGAUAGAUUAUUGAUCAAAUAUUAUAAUCUAAUUAAGAAUAUUAAAUCUGAUGAAAAUAAUCAUUAGUUUGAUACAAUAAUAUCAGAUUUUAUGUAAGAACUCAAAGCAAUUUGA